ACUCCUGCAACAGCCAGGUGCCGGAAAAGCAGCGCGACGCGGUGACGCAGUGGUGUACUGUAGCUUUUGCUUCGAGCCAGCAACCGUGCCGGUCGCAUAAACAUGGUUUCCUGCCGAAGCUCCUCGAGACUACUGUGGCCUACCGUUGGUGCAAUUGGGGUGCUCGUUGGAUGUCACGCAGGAAGCGCGGAAACAUUAGUCUGUUCGCCGUUCCCUAUUGUGCCUGUGAGCGACCUGGAUUACGCAAGGCUUUCAGGAGACUGGCGAGAAAUUCGAAAGACUCAGAGUCCUGUUUCCGCGUUGCGGGGAAGGUGGAGAUUCAACUUCUCCGAAAACAAGUUUGACUACCAUGCUGCAUUCAUAGGGAAUCGCAGCUGCGCUGCUUCCAUCAAAGGAGAAGCCACCAAGGUUCUUCCGAACAGCCAGUAUGAACUGGCAUAUAAUUUCCUCGGUCAGCAUGUAAAAGAAACUCUUACCGUGGUCGCCACGGACUAUGAAACCUACCUCGUGGUGUAUCGCUGCGAGAACACGGCGGGCCGCUCGGCUGCACCCGGGCUCUGUCUCCCUCACGCGGUCCACGUGAGCGUCCUAGCGAGGCACCCUCUGGACGACAGUACGGCACCUGACAUUCGAAAAACGCUACAUAGGAUAUGCGUUCCAGAGGACACCCUCGCCAACCUGGAGCUCAGUGAAGGAGGAGGGUGCGAGAUAGAUCAAGAAAGUGAUCCAAACACAAGUGAGCCGACACCUCCCGCGGGUACAGAAAAAUGUUUCCAGCCCUUCGAUGCUGGUUUUUGCCAGGCCAAGCACAGCAGCUUCUACUACAGCCAGGCAACGGGCAAAUGCGAACCUUUCACGUACACCGGCUGCGGUGGCAACAGCAAUAACUUCCAGAGCCUAAAGGAGUGCCAGGACACGUGCCAGACACCCCUUGAGGCCGCUACUGCGAUUACAGCUGCUCCAGUGGCCUGGAUCUCUAAUUGCUCCAGCACAGCGUCCUGUGGCCUUUCUUGUCCCUCGUGCUGUUCUUGGGACCAAAAUACCAAUUGCAUCGUCUGCCACUGCGAGCUGCCAGAUCUGGGUCCUAGAUUGCGCCCAGCCAGCUGCAUAACGUCGCCAAGUGACUGCCCUGUAGAGUGUCAGAGCAGCAGCAAGACAGACACCUGCUUCGACUGCAGCUGCCUCGCCCCCAAUGGAACGCUUGUACCCGCACUAGAGUACGUUCCUUCUGAGGAGCCCUUCUUCUGUCCGCCUACGUGUACACCAAAGACACUCCACAGCGGCGAACGAAAGUGCCACUGCGCUGACCACAAUGUGUGCAGUAUGCCGCUUGUCGAAGGAAGCUGCAACGAGGACAUUCCUCGGUACUUCUUCAACACCACUUCGUCCCGUUGCGACGUGUUCCAAUACAAGGGCUGCACAGGUAACGACAACAACUUCGAGACACACGAAGACUGCCUCGCAGAGUGUGAAGAUCUAUGCCACAUGCCCAAGGAUCCAGGAGCCUGCACAACUGACAAAGCUCUCGAAAGCUUCUACUACAACUCCCAAACGGGUCGCUGUGAGGACUUUGAGUAUAGUGGAUGUGGAGGGAAUGACAACAGGUUCGAAGACAUCGACUCAUGUAGAACACGAUGUGAAGAUGUCUGUCAUCAACCAAAGUAUUCUGGACCAUGCUACGCCUACCUGAGGCGGUUUUACUACAACAGCGAGACAGAGCGCUGCGAGCCCUUCAUCUACGGAGGAUGUAUGGCCAACGGAAACAAUUUCUACACCAUGGACCAGUGCAACAGGCACUGUCGCGAUUCGAGAAAGAAGGUGGAGGGGCCUACUCCUGACAGAGCACUCUGCCACCUCCCACUAGAUGAAGGUUCUUGUGAUGGCAGCGAAACUCGGCCCGAAACCAGGUUCUUCUAUGACGCUCAAAAAGAGGACUGCAUCAGCUUCAUCUACGCCGGCUGCGGCGGGAACGACAACAACUUCAGGCUGCUCGAAAACUGCAACCUCACUUGCUUUGGUGUCCAAACCCUGAUUUCUAAAGCAGAAGCCAGCUGCACGGAAGCAGAAUGCAGCUGCGGAAGAUUCAGAAUGGACGGUGACUGCAAAGUCUGCGAAUGUGGGAAUGGAGCCGAACGAGCAGGUCCAGGCGUCUACAUGCUUGUUUCGUUGCUCUGGGCAACGAUUUCAACCAGGGUCAUCUGAACGUCGCGUCCCCAUGCAGAGUAACCGAUAAAAGCGGCCAUGCACAAACCAACAUGUCUUUAAUUACGCAUAGAGCGGUUCGCGAAAUGCUGGAGCGUUCUAUCGAGCCGGUGUUGCCAGGGCAACUAUUCUCAUCAUCCCUUAUUACCGGCAGACCUCUACGUAAUCAGUUAGUCUAAGAUAAACCGCGGAGCAUGUUGGUGGCAACAUGGAUGCGUUCAAAACAUAAAAGUACCAGACAAACGGGAAAAGCCGUGCCCACCCUUUCGAGGUACAAAAACAUAUUUUUCCAAUACUUCAUCAGCGGCAAACUCAUCCGGAGAAUUCGAGAUGAUUCGAGAUGACGCCAUUUUUUUUUUCUUUUUGACAAACAGAAAGUGAUUUCCCUUUCCUCUCAAUACAUU